AUGGACAGUCCAACCAAAGAAAAUAUCCAGUUGUUCAGCACAAAUUCAACACCACCCGUUGCAAGGCCUGCCUAUAAGACAGAAUAUCCUACUCCAAAGGAAAAACAGCCAUACUGUGGAGAACUAAAGGUGUUUCUGGGUGCCCUAUCUUUUGUCUGCUUUGCCAAAUCUCUGGCCCAGGGUUAUUUCAAGAGCACCAUCACUCAGAUAGAGAAACGAUUUGAUAUUUCUUCCACGCUGGUGGGAGUUAUUGAUGGAAGUUUUGAAAUGGGGAAUCUCCUGGUCGUCACACUGGUGAGCUACUUUGGAGCCAAACUCCACAGGCCCAAGAUCAUCGGAGCAGGGUGUUUGGUCAUGGCUGCAGGGACCUUCCUCAUUGCCCUGCCACACUUCUUCAUGGAGCCGUAUAAAUAUGGAAAGUUUUCAUCUUCCUACAACGAGAGUCUCAGCAUCGAUUCCUGUGUACUUGACUCUGGCGGGCAGGAGCCCAGCUCAGCCCUGGACAAGACAGAAACCUCAAUACAGGAUGCGUGUACAAGGGAGGGCGGCCACCCCACGUGGGUCUUCGUGUUCCUGGGGAACCUGCUUCGCGGCCUGGGUGAGAGCCCCAUCCAGCCCCUGGGCAUAGCCUACCUGGACGACUUCUCCCGCCACGACCGCGCGGCCUUCUACAUUGGAUGUGUGCAGAGCGUGGGGAUUAUUGGACCGAUGUUUGGAUUCCUAUUGGGCUCCUUGUGUGCCAAACUGUACGUGGAUGUAGGUGUUAACUCAGAGCACCUUGCCAUCAGCCCGAAGGACCCUCAGUGGGUGGGUGCUUGGUGGCUAGGUUAUCUCAUAGCCGGAACCCUAAGUCUUCUCGCUGCUGUGCCUUUCUGGUGUUUACCCAAGACUCUCUCAAGACCCCCGGAUCAAGAGGAUGCCAGUUCUUCCCCUGAGAAAUCCAAGUUUAUCAGGGAUGACCCUACAAACUCUCAGACACCCCCUGGAGAAAAGAUAAAAAUAAUGGAAAUGGCAAAAGACUUUGUCCCCUCGCUCAAGAUCCUCUUGGGAAACCCAGUGUUUCUGCUGCACAUAGGGGCCUGUGUUUUUCACUUCAAUUCCCUGUUCGGCAUGGUGACGUACAAACCCAAGUACAUCGAGCAGCAGUACCAACAGACUUCCUCCCAGGCCAACUUCAUGAUCGGGCUCAUCAAUAUUCCCGCCGUGGCCCUGGGAAUGUUUUCUGGAGGGAUAUUGGUGAAGAAAUUCAAGAUCGGGGUGUACGGAGCUGCCAAAUUCUCCAUGGCCACCUGCGUGUUGGGAUACCUCCUUCUCCUCUCCCUUUUGGCCCUGGGCUGUGAAAAUUCAGCAGUGGCGGGACUUACCGUGUCUUACCAAGGAACCAAGCCCAUCGCCCCUCACGAAGGCAGCCUGCUCGCAGACUGCAACUCAAGAUGCCAGUGCUCAGAGACCGCAUGGGAGCCCAUUUGUGGAGAAAAUGGAGUCACCUACAUGUCUGCCUGCCUUGCUGGUUGUCAGGCCUCCCACGGAAGUGGCAAGAACAUCAUUCUACAUAACUGCAGCUGUGUGGGGCUGUCCAUCCCGGAGCCUGGGAAUUCCUCCGGCAGGAUGGGAAGAUGCCAGAAAGAUAAUGGCUGUCCCCAGCGGUUUUAUUAUUUCCUGGUGCUUUCGGUCCUCGUCUCGUACAUUUUGUCCCUGGGCGGAAUUCCUGGGUACAUCAUUAUCCUGAGAAACAUUAAGCCACAACUUAAAUCUUUUGCCAUUGGCAUCUACUCCUUAGCAAUAAAACUGCUUGCUGGAAUCCCAGCCCCGGUCUAUUUUGGAGUUCUGAUCGACCGUGCUUGCUUGAAAUGGGGAUCUCAAAAGUGUGGGGGCAGAGGAUCCUGCAGGUUCUACGAUUCGGGGCUCUUCAGACGCAUCUAUCUCGGACUGACUAUAGCUCUGGGAAUGGGGGCCGUAUUCUUGAUCUCUUCAGUAUUCUUCCUGUUAAAGAAGAAUUAUAUCUCACAACCCAGAAACUCUGCAGCCAAGAAAGAGCUAGCCGUGGCAUCGGCAAGAUUCAGGAAAGAAAGAUGGGCUGCGAAGGACGACAUGUUACAAGCUCAGUACUGGCCGGGCAAAGAGACACAACUGUAG